AUCGAUUUUUACAAUUUAAAUAAUCCAUUAAUUCAUAAUAAUCGAUUUUUACAAUUUAAAUAAUCAAUUCGAAUGGAGGAAGAGGCCAAGGUGAUGAUGUAUCUGUUCCUGUUUCGGCGUCUCAGUGGAGGGGGCUGCGAUAUUUCUUCUAUUCCAAAAGCAAGUCCCUGAUUGGGACUAAUUUGGUCCCAGUCGGGGAACACUUUUUGGUCCAACUUUCUCCGAAUUGAAUUCCGAUUGCACCGUUGCGAUCAGACAGGUAUAUUUUGGGGCGUUACAGUGAGAGGUAUGUUCAAAAAUGUAGAACAUGCCAAGUGUUUUACAAGUAUCCCGGCAGACCGGCGACCUACUAUCACCAAGUAUCCCGGUGGCACACCAAAUGUCGUGAACCCUCUCACAGCGAAUCAUCUUGCUGGGGUAUUACUGGCCGACGAUUGUCCAGGACUGGUUUGCACCAAUUUGCUGCUGGCGCUGCUGCUGUACUUGGCCGAAAGCACUGCUAGGACUGCCAGGAAGAUGCUGAAACAUCCGGAAGGUAUCGUAGAGAAGGUUCGGUGUUGGAAUAUUGAAGUUAAUGGGUUAAUCGUCGGAACCAUUGUUCACCGGAGUAUUCAAAAUUCUGGACAGCAACUUUCUCCUAACUUCAGAAUCAAAGGCUUGCAAUUUCGUGAAGAAACGAUGGAGAUAUGCCCAAAAUACCGCAGGCUGUCCAGUUGUGACGGAAAUGACAAAGUUGGCAAAUUCCAAUGUUGUUUCCACUCCUGCUCAUCCGUAAGAUCAUGCGUAAUUGCGUCUCUUAUAGUUGUGAUUGUGCGGGACUUAGCAGUCCGACAUCACGGACCGGGCUUAGUGUACGUACAUGGUAACAAGAAGACAAUGAUGAAACCACUCCCGGAGGACAUUGAGUCAGAGGAGAUGCAAGGAUGGCAGGCAAAUGUUUGAUCAUAAAAUUUUAAAAUGUGUCAUGAUUUGAUUAAUAUUGUACUUCCGCAUUACUCUGAAAAUAUUUUUAAAUGGGUCACGAUCCAGAGUCUGUAAAUUUAAUAUUUAUAAGAAAUUGUCAUCUUCAAAUGUCAAGUGAAAUUUUUAUUUAACUCUCGUUUCACAUUAAUUUGUGUAAUUCCGGGUUAUACGGAUUAGGGUGUUACAAUAACUUUAAAAACAGUUCUAGACGGAAUAACUAGACUACUGUUUG